AAAGGUUAAUGCUCUGAGAAGGUUUUUGUUUUGUUAAAUAUACUUUUAAAGAAGCAGCCAUGAUCAGCCACAACUUCAAGAAUGUGCUGGUGGUCUCAAUUGGGUUUCUGUCCCUGUUCACGGCUUAUGGAGGUCUACAGAGUUUGCAGAGCAGUCUGAAUGCAGCGGAGGGGAUGGGCGUGGCCUCUCUGAGCGUCAUCUACGCCUCCAUCAUCAUCUCCUCCAUGUUUCUCCCUCCCAUCAUGAUCAAAAACCUGGGCUGUAAAUGGACCAUUGUGGUUAGCAUGGCCUGCUACGUGUCCUACUCGUUGGGAAACCUCUACCCAGGAUGGUACACUCUCAUCCCCACCUCAGUGAUCCUGGGGUUGGGUGGCUCUCCUCUGUGGUCGGCUAAAUGCACCUACCUGACCAUAUGUGGGAACGUGCAGGCCGCCAAAGACAACAAAAAAGGCUCUGACAUGAUCAACUACUAUUUCGGCAUCUUCUUUUUCAUCUUUCAGUCUUCCGCUGUUUGGGGAAACCUGAUGUCUUCGCUCAUCUUUGGACAGGACACAGCUAUUGUUGACAUCCCACAGGAGCAGCUGGAAAGCUGUGGAGCAGCCGACUGCGGUCUUAAUGUGACUGCUUAUGGGAACACCACAAGGCCUGAGCAGAAACUGGUGUGGACGCUCGUCGGAAGCUACAUCGGCGUGGGUGUGCUGGCCAUCCUGAUCGUGGCGGUGUUUCUGGACAACAUCGACCGCGAGCAGGCCAGCGAGUUUCGUGGUAGCCAGCAGCCGUUUUGCCACACGUUCUUGGCAACAUUCAGGCUCCUGAAGGACUGGAGGCUGGUGACGCUCAUCCCACUCACCAUGUACAGCGGCUUUGAACAGAGCUUCCUUUCAGGGGAGUACACCAAGGUAAGGAGAGCUCCAAAAGAUGAAGGCUUUCAGGUGUUAGUGCAGUUUUCAUUAAGUCAUAUAGUUAAAUUAUUUUCCUUUCCACUUUCAGCUGCACUGACGAACUUGAGCUGCAUCAUUGCUCUUUUGUACUGGAGGCCUCAUCGUGACCAGCUUGCUGUGUUUUUUGUGUUUCCUGCUCUGUGGGGUUUGUCAGAUGCUAUCUGGCAAACCCAAACUAAUGCUCUUUACGGCAUCCUCUUCCCACGGGAAAAAGAGGCGGCGUUUGCAAACUACCGGAUGUGGGAGUCGUUGGGUGCCGUCAUCGCCUUCGCCUACAGCACGUUCUUAUGCCUGGAGUAUAAACUGUACAUCGUGCUGGCCGUGCUGGUGGUCACCGCCAUCACUUACCCGAUAGUGGAGUACCAUGAACACAAGCAUCCAACAAAACCCAUUGAAGAAGGAGCCUACCAAAAUCACAAAGAAGUCAUCAAAGCAAAUGACGACAUCAUCUGCCAGACACACUUGUAGAGACACAAAGUUCAGCAUGCCUCCUGUCAGGGGCCAACUGGUGAUGCAUAAAGUUAAAAUCGAAUGAAUGCCAUUGUAAACGCAUGAUGUGAUUGUAGAGGUGCAGUAAGUAAUAAGCCCACGUCUGUUGAACUUCACCAGACAUUGACUUUGCUCUUUUCUUCCUUGUGGUAAAGCAACACAAACUGUAAUGUCUUGCUUUUUUUAAAAAUAACUUUAUUUAUUUUUUUAAAUAAGGCCAGCUUUGUAGCUUCUGUUUGAAACUUUUUGUUUGGUUGGCACCGUACUGUUGUCAUCAUUCAUGUGCUUCAGUCUUCAGUAUCUAUAUCGGCUAAAUGUUGAGCAAUUUGUGCGUGCAAUCUUAUCCACUUUAUUUU